ACUGGGUAUUUUAAAGUUUCGAAGAUCCCCAUCAAAAUGGUGGAAUGUACUCUGUGCUCCCUGAUGGGCCUUGGAUGUCGCUGCAUCUAUAAUAUACUAAUGACAGCAUUGGAAUAUCCCUUGGUGGUCUUUUUACUUAGCUGUUUGAUAGCUUUGGUAUUUCUAUUCAAUAUCCAAAGUGCCAAAAUUCUUUGCGAACUGGGCAGUGUGGCAGCCAGAAGUUGUGGUAUGGCAUUUGCCACAGGAGGGGAAACCAAUGCGGUUUGUGGUCGAAGAUGUUUAACAAAUUUCGAUUAUGGAGUUGAAAGAGGACCUCACACAUGGCCAUGUUCUGGAGCCAAUCAAUCACCCAUCAAUAUAAUUGAGGCCAGUGUUCAGAAAUUUCCCAUACGAGAGUUGCUGACAUGGAAUCAUUAUGAAGAUUUGCCCAGUGCCGUAAUUCUGGAAAAUACAGGUCACACAGUUGUAUUACGAGCCUCGUUUUCCGGCAAUACACCCACCUUGAGUGGGGCUGAUCUAUUGGCCAGCUAUACCUUUGUUGAGUUAUGUUUCCAUUGGAGCCAAUCGAAUAGUGAGGGUUCUGAACAUAUGCUAAAUUAUCGCCACUAUCCCAUGGAGUUACAGGCUAUGCAUCGCACCGGACCGCCUGGGGAAAAUGCCUCCAGUUAUGAUCUGCUAAUGGUGGCCUAUUUCUAUGAUAUAUCCUCCAAUAACCCCUAUUUGGAGCCCAUUGUACAAAAUCUACCCCGCAUACGAAUGCCUGGAACCCAUGUGGAAAUUCCUCCAUUUCCCCUCAGCUAUUUGUGUCAUCAAUUUCGCAGUGGUUUCUAUAGCUAUGGUGGAUCAUUGACACAACCACCCUGUUAUCAGGGUGUGGAAUGGUUCAUUCUUCCCGAACCCUUGGCAAUUGGUGAAAGACAAUUGAACGAAUUUCGCCAAUUGUUGAGUGGCGAUGGGAAAUCACGUAUCGUUCGUAAUUCCCGGCCCAUUCAAAACAUCAAUGAAUCACGAGUGGUGAAUUUGAAUCAAUACAGUCCCAUGGAAGCUUGUGCAUUAAUGGAUAGGGGGGAGUCAUAUCAAUCUCAAGAUGUGAUGGCCUCAGCAGCCGAAGAGAAUUCAGAGAAUUUGGAUUGAAUUGAAUGUUUAUAUUUUUUAACUACUGUAACUAUGUAUUUUUGAAUAGUUAAAUAAUCAUAUAUUUGUUUCAAAAUAAUUUUUGAGAGAGCCAAUAAAACCAUAGUUUUU